AUGAUAUCGGUUGUGAACGAAUUUUUAGACGACCUGCGAGGGGGCAGAAUGACGGAAGCACCCAUAGUGUCAGUUGAACAGGGCCAGCUGCAGGGCCGCAUAGUAUCCGGCGCCGUGGGCAAAUCCUUCUACAGUUUCCAAGGCAUACCCUAUGCUAAACCACCGCUGGGUUCCUUGAGAUUCCAGGCUCCUCAACCUCCAGAACCAUGGGAUGGUGUUCGCGAUGCUACUUCUGAAGGAAAUUGCACCGCACAGUUGGAUACCCUUAAAAAUGAAUACAUGGGCGACGAGAACUGCCUUUUUCUCAACGUUUACACUCCAAAUUUAGAUGGAGCAUUUCUGCCUGUCAUGAUAUAUGUACACGGAGGCGCGUUAUCAGACUAUGUAUUACAGAAAAAUCCGGUAGAGAACGCUAGGUUACUUGCUAAGAAUUUAGGUUGUGAGUCAAAAGACCCUGAAGAAAUACUUGACUUUUUAAGAGCUUGCUCUGCAAAGGAACUUGUUGAAACCCACGAAAAAAUUAACCCUCAAAGCGAAACGCUUGAAAAAUUGAAUAUGUUUUCACUUGUUAUUGAAAAAGAAUUUUCUGGAGUUGAAGCAUUCAUCUCAGAACCUUUCCGUGAUUUCUUGACGUCGGGCAGAGUAGCCGAUAUCCCAAUAAUGAUCGGAACUUGCGCUUUAGAAUUAACUACUGAUAAAAAGUUUGAAGAUCUACAGUUUUUCAUACCCGAAGAGCUAAACAUCGAAAAAGGUUGUGCAGAAUCUUUGGAGAUUGCAGAAAAACUGAAACAGCUUUACUUAAAAGAUGAUGCUGAACUUGGAACAUACCAAUUAUUAUCAGACCGUUACUUUAGAGUAGACACUUACAGGCUCAUCCAAUAUUUGAUCCAAGUUACAAAUAAACCAAUUUACUGUUAUAGCUUGGAUUAUGUCGGCGGUCUAAACCUUUAUAACAAAUUUUUUAAGCAAGAUUCGAAAUAUGCAGGACACUUGGAUGACUUAGGUUAUCUGUUUAAAAAUGAUUUCCAAGAAGAUUUGGAGAUUUCUGAGGAAGACCAGAAAACUAGAGAGAGGAUGGUGAGACUAUGGACCAACUUCGCUAAGAGCGGGAACCCCACACCUGAGGAGAACCACUAUCUGACAGUAAACUGGCUACCAGUGACUAAGGAUAACCUGUAUUACCUCAAUAUUGGCUCAGAAUUGACUUUGGGUAUCAACCCAGACAAAGAAAAAAUGGAAUACUGGGACAGCUUGUACACGAAAUACUACCGAAUUUGGGAAGAACCAAAAGCGAGUAAUGAAGAGCUUCCUGUGAAACCUGGCCCACCAGUAGUCGUUGGUAGUUUCACUGAAACUGAAACCUAUUCAUCAUCCUCAUUCACAGAAAGUAGCGGAUUCAUCUCGGAAAGAACAGAAAUCAUUACGGAAUCCAGUCAAGUUUCUAAUGUAAGUGGAACGAUAACAGAAGUAACAAAUGGUACAGUAGAGUUAAAUGAAGUGAACAAUAUUGACGAAGAACCUGCUGAAGUAGUUGAAGAACCCUCACCAAUAGUUCAGGAACCUGCACCACCAAUACAAGAACCUACACCACCAGUACCAGAACCUACACCACCAGUACAAGUGCCCGCCCCAGUAGUAGAAGAACCCGCUCCAAAGGUUCAAGAACCCGCUCCAAAAGUUCAGGAACCCGCUCCAGUAUUCGAAGAGCCCGUAGUUGAAUCUCCCAAAUUUAAGGAACCUGAUGAACCUGUUAGCCUCGUUUUCAACAAUUAUGUCAACGGUGAUCGCAAAGUAAGGACAUCGAAUGAAAUCAAAAUGGUUUCCAAUUCAAACGGUGCACCCAAAGAAGUGAUCAGAGCGAACGACCCGCCAGAAGAUGAUUUACCUAAAAACAUUGGUGUUAAUAAGUUUGUCAACUUUUUUGAGUCGCUUGGAGGUAAGAAGUAA